GCCAAGUUACCCGAGGUAGCAGUUUGCCUUUUGCGUGAUUCCACCGACCACCACCACGACGUAAAUGAAAAACAUAUUCCGGUCGUUUGAAGCACAGCGACCGUCGCUGCCGUCGACGCCGCUGCCAUCAACAAGACCCCAGCAAUACCAACCGUCGCUCCAUCUUUCCAAGGCAGACAUCUCGGCCAUGUUUCUCCUAGACGUUCAACAACCAGACCAUCAUCGGAGGCAUUCGCUGGUGCAUGAUGAGCGCCGCCGCCGACAUAGCCUCCAUCCCCCACGACCUGCGAGCAACCUUCGAAGCAACAAAGAGAAGCUGCCAUACGAAAUGUACGGUGACAACUUGGUGGAUGACGUCCACAUGUCGAAAAAACCUCAACACCACACUACAAGCCUCGCCAAUCGACCAAAAGUAGUGCUCUUCGACGCCACAAUCUUCACCGACUCGGAAUCACGUACUGACCAGAGCAGUAUGCGGCACUCGAUGCCGUCGCAAUUUUGCUACUAAAGCGAAACUCUUUACCCUAACUUAAUCGAACGUUAUGCAUGAGCGUAA